AAUGUCACGGUGAGCUAAAGUUCUGCAAAGGAGACACUUUCAGUGACAAUGGAGGCCUGACAUUUGGACCUUGGUGUUACCAUCAGAAGUAUGGAACUUAUUGACCAUUGCCAACAUGGUUGCUCUACCCCAGUUCCAAAUGGAUAUGGAACCAAGAAUUUUCAAGCCAACGCAAAAGAAAGAUGCACCGAACAGUCGUAUCCUAAUCUAGGUGCCAUCGGUGACCCUGGCAAAGAGGAUGUGAGCAAAAGUAAGAAGAAGGCCAGGGGCAGUUGGAUUUGGAAUUUUGUUGGCCGCAAGAAAGGAUCCUCCAUGAAUCCCAAACGGCCCCAAUCCAUGAUAUUCCUUGGAGAUCAUGUGGAGAUCAUGGAGCAGAAUCGUAAGAUGUCUUUCAUGGAAAGAGUGAGAUCCUAUAAGAAGCUACGGUCUUCUGGUCUAUCCAGAAAUACAUCCAAAGCAAAGGCUAUCAUAAUCUCAGUGGAAACUCAAGAAGAUCUUGAACAAAAAGCGCUCCAUAGAAUUAGAAAGCUCAGUGACGGCCAGCGGCCUUACCGUCACUCCUAUGCUGGCUUCAUUGAGGACUUGGAUUCUUCAUUUGAGGAUAUUGAACUAAAUAGCUGUGUGUUGGAUAUUGAAUCCAGCGAAAGCAAAUGGCACAGAGGGCUAGAGCUGGGAGUCAGUAGUAGCAAUGCUGAUAAUUAUUGUUACAACAUGUUGGCUCAGAAAAAUGUGGCCCAUGAGUUUGAAAAAACUCCAGAGUCUCGGGAUGCUGAAGGACAUUCUCAAGCAAGAGUUGCUUCGGUAGCUCCUGAAAAUAAGAAAGGAAGAAGUUCUGAGGUCUGGGGAUAUCUAAAGGGGGUUUCAUUGACAGGCAAGGACUGUUCCAAGUUGGAGAACUCCACUGCAGAACCGGGUCUUCAGAGUUUGAAAAACGCAAUGGAGAAUCCUCCUCCUUAUCUUGCUUUUGCUGCAGGAUGCAAAGACAACAUGGGCCAGACUAAAAAGCCUGGCCAUGGAGGGAAGGGAAGUCAUUUUGGUGGUGUCCUUAGGUUUUUUAAUAGCGUGGCUGGAGCAGCUAGGAAAUGGCGGGGAUCUUCCAAGACAUUUUCUCAGGAUGAACCACAACAAAUCUCCAACUGUACACGGCAAAGGCUGGAGCGAUCUCAUCGAAGGCAGCCUUUGAUCAUUGCAAAUGAUAAUGCUAACAGUUUCUCAUUAACUAGACUGUCACCCGAUUCUGAGAUGUGGGAUCACCCCAGUUCCAAAAUCUCAGCUGGUCCGCUCCAAGGAGAUACCAAUGCUGAGAUGUCUCAUGAAGCCUUGAAGGACCACAGCAAUGAAAGACCUUGUUCAUCUCUUAGGAAAAGUAUGCCAUCUUUUCCCCACUCAGAAUGUCCAAGUGAUUGUCUGGUUCUCAAUGGACAUGGCUUACAUACGGAACUGCUACAGAAGCAGAAGAUUCUUCCUAACAAAUUAAGUGAUGAGGACCCAGGUUCUGCUCCAGGAGAUGCCUGGAUUUUGCCUCCUUGGGACCCAGAGAAUACCCGGUCCUCUCUUGAGGUUUCAGCAGAUUCCCAGAGCUUGGAUACAGAAGAGUUAAAGUCUCAAGAUCUGACAAAGGUCGAGAUGGACAUUGCAGGCCUGGAAAAAGAUUCUUCUUUGAAUUGUGAGGAAUGGUAUGAUAGUGAAAUGGAUAUCAAAGUGGUGUGUACUUCUGCCGAGGAUUUUAAUGCCCUCAGAAGUAUAGCAGAUACUCCAGAUUUGGAGGAGGAAUUAAUAGAUAACCAGAUGUCCAAGAGGGCUCUAGGAGAAGACCAUCACCAUGCCAAUGUGCGAGGAGAUAACCCGGGGUAUGCAAGGACUCUGCCAAAUGUUGGUGUUUCAGUAGGUUCCUCCGCAGAAACUCGGAGUUUGGGAAGUAUUUUGGAGGACGUUCGCAAUCCCUGCACACCACUAGCCUGCUCAUGCAACAGCCAGCAGGUUCUAGAUCAAGAACGUUCUUCUAUCAGAGCAAAUGGCAGCACUUUUCUGCUACGACAGCCAUGGAAAUCCCGAGAAUCCGAACAUUUUAAGUGCGGGAAUGUUUAUUACCCUAUCCAGAUGAGUUUAUGUACAAUUGUCUCCCUCAAUGAAUUAAACAAUGGAAAGCCACGAUCUCACCCUCUCUGCCCAUCUCCAGCAUCUCCUCCUCCGUUCAAACUUUUUUUGGACCGAUGUCACUCCCUCCCACUCUCCAAGAGCACCCCAAUGGGAUUGGAUCAGCUAGAAUGGAAACAGAAGCUCUUGAUCAGCUCUGCUGCUGAACAUGAUCUGGGGUCAAAAACAUUGGAGGUGCGCCGAGACACUAAGAAUGGCCGAAGUAGAUGGAGACCUCUCCAGCCUGGAGCAAAGCAACUGCUACUCAAUAAACUGAUCAGUGGCGGUUCGAUUGUCAGUGCCGAGGCAGUAUGGGAUCACGUCACCAUGGCCAACCGGGAGUUGGCGUUUAAAGCGGGAGACGUUAUCAAGGUGCUCGAUGCCUCCAACAAGGACUGGUGGUGGGGACAGAUCGAUGAUGAAGAGGGCUGGUUCCCAGCCAGCUUUGUAAGGCUCUGGGUCAACCAAGAAGAUGGAGUUGAAGAAGGCACGAGCGAAGUACAGAAUGGACAUUUGGAUCCAAAUGCCACUGACUGCCUCUGUCUCGGGAGAACCCUCCAGAACCGAGACCAGAUGAGAGCCAAUGUCAUUAAUGAAAUCAUGAGCACGGAGCGCCACUAUAUCAAACAUCUGAAGGACAUUUGUGAGGGUUAUUUAAAGCAGUGUCGGAAGAGAAGAGACAUGUUCAGUGAUGAGCAGCUGAAGAUCAUAUUUGGCAACAUUGAAGACAUCUACAGGUUUCAGAUGGGCUUUGUAAGGGAUUUGGAGAAGCAGUACAACAAUGAAGACCCUCAUCUCAGUGAAAUAGGACCGUGUUUUCUAGAACAUCAAGAUGGAUUCUGGAUCUACUCCGAGUACUGUAAUAACCACUUGGAUGCAUGCAUGGAGCUUUCCAAACUAAUGAAAGACGGCAGAUACCAGCACUUCUUCGAAGCUUGCCGUCUCUUGCAGCAGAUGAUUGACAUCGCCAUAGAUGGUUUCCUGUUGACCCCUGUCCAGAAGAUCUGCAAAUAUCCUCUGCAGCUUGCAGAACUGCUCAAGUACACUGCACAGGAUCACAGUGAUUACCGGUACGUGGCCGCUGCGCUUGCUGUCAUGAGAAACGUGACCCAGCAGAUCAACGAGCGGAAGAGGAGACUGGAGAACAUAGACAAGAUCGCUCAGUGGCAGGCAUCCGUCCUCGAUUGGGAGGGAGAGGACAUUUUGGAUCGCAGCUCUGAGUUGAUCUACACGGGAGAGAUGUCGUGGAUCUAUCAGCCUUACGGACGAAGCCAGCAGCGGGUCUUCUUCCUUUUUGAUCACCAGAUGGUCCUUUGCAAAAAGGAUCUGAUAAGAAGAGACAUCUUGUACUACAAAGGACGGAUUGAUAUGGACCGCUAUGAAGUUUUGGAUAUUGAAGAUGGACGGGACGAUGACUUCAAUGUGAGCAUGAAGAAUGCUUUCAAGCUGCAUAAUAAGGAGACUGAGGAAAUGCAUUUGUUUUUUGCCAAGAAGCUGGAAGAGAAAUUGAGGUGGCUCAGAGCUUUCCGCGAGGAGCGAAAGAUGGUGCAAGAAGAUGAGAAGAUAGGCUUUGAAAUUUCUGAGAACCAGAAACGACAAGCAGCCAUGACCGUAAGAAAAGUCAGUAAGCAGAAAGGCGUCAGCUACUCCCGAUCCGUUCCUCCGACAUACCCACCACCCCAGGAGCCACUAAAUCAGGGACAAUACUUGGUAACCGACGGCAUAGUCCAACCGCAGGUCUAUGAGUUCACCGAACCGAAACGUAGCCAGUCACCGUUCUGGCAAAACUUCAGCAGAUUAACGCCAUUCAAAAAAUAAUAUAUAGAGUGAGGGGAAGAGUUUUAAAAUAAAGUUUAAAAAAAAAUUUAAAAAUGAAUAAAAAAUAUAUUUAUAGAUGGACCUUUUUUGGAGAAGCACUGUUGAAACUUAACAUUAUAUAUAUAUAUGAAUGAAAUUUCAUAUAUAUAUAUAUAGAUAUAGAUAUAGAUAUAUAUGAAUGAAAUUUUGAAGGACCAAAAACAUUUUUUGUUAUACUUGUUUUAGGGAAAAAAUAGUAUCUGCUGCAUUAUUUUAGGAAGCACCAAGUAUUUCGAACCAUGUAACUUUCUUUAUUUUGACAUCUUUGGAAAUGUUGUUAAAAUUUGUUCUUGAAGUUUUUUUGCUACAGAAAUGGUGUUCCAGAAUGAUUCAUAUUUGCCUUGUGCUCUGCCUUUGACAGGUUCCAUCCAGGGCCAGCGAGGUGCAUAUUUGUUUUGAGAUUUCAUUUACAAAAACUGUCUUCUAAAAGCAUCUGGGUGCAGGGAGAGCUGUUUAAACCCCCUCCUCUCCUAUAUCCCUUUCUCUCAGAGCGCCAUGGAUGGAGCCUGUCAGAGACCCAGGGAGAGAAGGAUUGAAUUCUCAUUUGUUCCUCUGGAAAGAGCUUGGCUGGAGCAACUACCUCGCCAGCAAUGAAUGUUCAGGGUCGGCUCAAUUUGGUUGUUUGGAAUGAGCUGCAAUUUGUGCCCCAUAUUCUUUGGUUCUGAUCCAAUGCUCCUUUGUACUGUGCAAAUGAUACUUGUGUUGCUUUGAAUGCAGUUGGUAGAGGCACACCAGCUCUGUGGUUCUUCAGCUCUGCAAAUUAUCUGGAAAACAGGGAUUGCAGCUCAGAAGCGCCCAGGCAACUGUAUCCGAGUGCGGGUGGGAAGAGAUAGUAUAUGAAUUUUUAUUAUGCAAGAAAGUAUGCCUUUGGCUGCUGUUGAUGCGGUCAUUUUAAUUGCAAUCACUUCCCUUUCUUCUGUGGGACUCCUCCAUUCCCCAGCACAACCAAUUAAGUUAUUCCCAUUUCAGUUACACAUUCUUUGGGGAUUUGAUCCAUUUCGUUUUUAUAUUUUAUUUUUGGUAGAGCUCAUUGCAAAAGCCUAAACCUUUCCUGCAUAGUUUCAAAAAAUGUAUGGAAAGUCCACAUAUCCCAGCUUAAGCGCUAAACUGAUUCUCAGAAUUCUGGUCAGUUGGCCCAAGGAGUCGGGUCCUAAAAUUAUGGCCAACAUCCAAGCACACCAUAGGCCAGUAAUAAUGAGCUCUUAGUCUGGGGAUCAUUGGCUCCAUAAUCUCAAACCUUGUCCUUAUCAGAAAGGUAUGCAGUAUUACGGAAUAAGGUUUAAUGCUGCAUGUCCAAAAAAGCCAACUCAUUUGCAAAGGAUGCAUUUCAUAAACAUCCUUUGGAUCACAAAAUGUCAGGAACUAGUAGUCAGAGAGACUUGGUGAAGUUCAAAAUGGGACAACUUGCCACGGCCAACUCACCAGGCCAACUCAACAAUUCAAUUUAAUUAUUUAAAACAAUUACAAAAAUAUUUUAAUUUUUGUCAUUUUUUUUGUCAUUUUUAUCAUUUAAAUUUUGUCAUUCACAUUUA